AUCACGGUAGCAAAAAGUUCUGGGAGGUGUUUCCCUUCCCAGUAGAGGCCACGUGGGACCGAACAAUAACUUUUCAAUUCAACUAAAUGCGGUAUGGUGCAGGGGAAAGUGGCUAGCUGAUCCAUUGCUGCCCCAGCUGCAAACAGUUUGCCACAGUAAUCAAUCCAGUCUGCACGCAACCUUCUGUCGCCACAGCCGAUGAUAUUAUCUGCAAUUUGGUUUGUACUUAACAAAGAGAAAGUGGGCUCGACUACCAUGCAGAUAUAAUCUCUGUUUGUGAAUGAUUCAAUAUCCACAAAGGAGAGUCUUUAACAUAAAUGCAAAUAUAUUUGACAUGAUUUGCAGUGUUUGAGAUAGAUCUUUGCCAUUGGAAUUUUUAAAAGAUGUCAAAUUUGAUCAACAAAGUCGCAGUUGUAACAGGUGCAAGCUCUGGUAUAGGAUUUGCAACUAGUGUUCUAUUUUCAAAGCUUGGAGCAAAGCUUGUCUUGAGUGGGAGGAACGUUGGUGCACUGGAAAACACUGCUACCACCUGCCUUGAAAAUAGUUUAUCAGAUUCUAAGCCACUAAUCGUGCAAGGAGAUUUGUCUGAAACAAAAAAUGCAGAGAAGUUGGUAGAAGAGACCAUUAAAACCUUUGGGCAGCUAGAUAUCUUGGUGAACAAUGCUGGAAUUUGGCAGAAAGGGUCAAUUGAAGAAGAAGAUGUCCAAGGUUUUGAACAUUGUUUUAAAGUCAAUGUUAGUUCUAUCUUCUAUCUCACAAAGUUGGCUGUGCCACACCUCAUAGAAACCAAAGGUAAUAUUGUAAAUGUGUCAAGUGUCGGGGGCCCAAAAGCAUUCCCAGGUUUGUUAUCGUAUUGUGUUUCAAAAGCUGCUCUGGAUCAAUUCACCCAGUGUGUGGCUCUUGAACUUGCUCCGAAGAAAGUCAGAUGCAAUGCUGUAACCCCUGGUGUUAUCGAAACAGAACUUCAUAGAAGAGGUGGGCUGGAUGAAGAGGCCUACACGAAAUACAAAGAGAAAGCGUAUAAGUCACAUCCUCUUGGCCGCAUUGGUAGUCCUGAAGAUGUAGCAGCAGCCAUUGCCUUCCUAGCAUCAGACCAAUCUUCCUUUGUCACUGGUGCUUUGUUUCCUGUUGAUGGUGGCAGACAUGCCACUUGCCUUAUUUAAAUAUUUUACUUGAAAAAUGAGUCAUUUGUCCUUGGAAGGAUUAUUAUGAAUGUGCAAUUAGAAACAAACAGUCUUAUAACCAAGAACUACAUAGAAUGUAAUUCAAAUACUUAGUGUGUCAUAUUUUAGUACCAUUUGAUUUAAACCUACUUUUGUAAUUUAUUAUAAUUUUUAAAGAAUUUUGAAAAACAAGUAUGUUUUGAGAAUAUUUGAUCAAUAUGGCAUCAUGCCUGGUAUUUGUA